AUGCGUUCUCCCAUCGUCAACACCGUCCUCGCCCUAUCUGCCCUGGCGGCACUGGCUUCUGCUCACCCCACCGGCGACGCAGCAAACACCAAAAUCCUUUCUCACGACAACCUCACCGAUGACUUCAAGAAUGCUACCCUCGCAGCACGGUCGAGGCCCACGUCGCGUCACGAUCUCGAGUGCAGGCCCGACGGCUGGGACGACGGCAAAAAGGGGGACCUCGAACGUGCGGUCGAGUACAUCCGCAACGAGAGGCCAAAGGGCAAGAAGGACAAGGUGCCGAGCCUCCCAGGCGAGAGCGGCCAGACUGCAGCCUGCGUGGGCCAUACCAAGAUCAAGUGGUUGAACGACAACAAGGGCGAAUUCGAGUUGCCGUCGUGGGAUAAUGUCGCCGAUGGUGCAGAGGUUAUCAAACAUUAUUGUAUGGAGGGCAAGGGCAUCUCAGGAGAGCUUAACCAUGGCGACCACUGGAGGGUUCAGGUCUAUUGGGAGGAUUGCUACAUGCAGCCUGGCUCUGACUGGUAGUGUUAUUCUCGCUGCUAGGUUUCC